UCAAUCCCAAGGAAGGGACAUGGAGCACUGCCGGGGCCUCGGCAUCAUGAACGGCGACCUGAAGGAUGUCCAGGCCCCCAGCCACCGUGAGUGCCUCCUACCCGCUGUGGCUCACACUCCCUCCGUCACCCGGGUCACGCCGGCCAAGAAGGUGACCUUCCUCAAGCGAGGGGACCCCCGGUUUGCUGGGGUGCGCCUGGCUGUCCACCGACGGACCUUCAAGACCUUCAGCGCCCUGAUGGACGAGCUCUCGCAGCGCGUGCCUCUGUCCUUUGGAGUGCGCUCCGUGACCACGCCCCGGGGCCUGCAUGGCCUCAGUGCGCUGGAGCAGCUGCAGGAUGGUGGCUGCUACCUCUGCUCUGACAGGAAGGCCCCCAAGACCCCUAGGGGGCCAGGCCGGCCACAGGGGGGAGACCCCUCCGCUGUGCAGUCGCGGGAUGUGGAAGGUGGGCGUGAGGCGCCCGGGACGUCCUCUUCCUGCAGGGGUCCUGCAGCCCUGAGGAAGGUAACCCUGGUUAGAAACGGGGACACCAGACACCAGCAGACAUUGCUUCUCAGCCACAAAGACGCCAGGAGCCGGACAGCCUUCCUCAGCCAAGCCUCAGAACUUCUGCGCUUUCCCGUGAAGCAGGUGUACACAAUCAGUGGGCGAAAGGUGGACCCUCUGCAGGUGCUGCUGCGCGGCCCUUCCGUGCUGGUGUGUGCGGGGAACGAGGCCUUCAAACCCCUUGUGAUGGACAGCGCCCAGAGAGGAGGGACCGAAGCUUUAUCUGUGCUGACUUCAAGCAACAAAAACGGUUACUGGGGGCCCAAGGCCAAGCCGAGCGUGAUCCACUCCAGGUCCAGGUCAGGCAGCAGGCAUCAGUCCUUGCCAUCAGCAAGGUCUGGGCUCAGCAAGCCUCCCGCAUCCCUGCCUCGUGCCUGGAUGGGGACUUCCCCGCCUGGCCCCUUGGUGACCGGUGACGACGUGGAGAAGAAGGUCCGCAUGAACGAGGACGGCAGCCUGUCCGUGGAGAUGAGAGUCCGCCUCCACCUCCCGGGCGAGGAGGCGAUGCUGUGGUCCCAGAGGGUGGGGCAGGCCAGCAGGGAGGGCCCCGGCCUGCAGGAGGUAGACCCUGACUGCUGCAGAUGGGAGGGCCACCGUUGGGACAGCCUGGAGUCUGGGGCCAGGGGACCAGGUCUGUGCGAGGCAGGGUGCCAGCGAGCCUUCGAUGGAAGCCUGCGGCCCUGGCCCAGCUGUGAGAUCUGGAGAAACCCCCUGUGUGUUCCCCAGGGUGAGAAGCCUGCACCUCAGAGGAGGUCAGCUUGGGGCCAGGGCAGGAAGAGGUGUGGCAAGGAGCGCCGCAGCCCGGCUUCCAGUGCUGAGCGCCCGGAAGGCUCGGACCCAGACUCCUGCAGCCCCAGAACCCCAGAGGGCUGCGCAGGCAGUGACAGCCCGUGUCUGGCCUCUGAGGCUACUUCCCCGAGCUGGGCUGAACAAAAAGCUGGGGAGGCCCAGUCCCCGGAGGGAGGGCAGCCAGCUGGCUGCGAGCCACAGAGCUACCAGGCACCUGGGACCCGAGGUGUGGAAGGGGCCCUUUCUGAUUCUUUGGCCAGUGCCAAGUCUCAUGAGGAGUCUGGCAAGUGGGGAGGUCAGCAGUGGGGCUGCCCGGGCCAGGAGAGGAGCAGGACCUCCCAGAGGAAGGCCACCCAAGGUGACAGCCCUUGUCUCUCAUCUCCGAACAAUGAGGAGCUACCGACAGAGAAACGUAGACAGGGCUCUGGGUGCCACGAGGCCAUGGAUGGGCCUGUGACAACGCCGCCCUUGGCUCUGGGAUCAUCUGGCUCCUGGGACACAGGGGGAAUCUCCCUCCCACUUUCCGCCUGUGCCCCAGCCCUACAGGGGAGGAGAAGGUGGCAGAGUCCAGGAAGUACCACAGCCUCUCCCAGCACUCUCAAUCCCCACCAGGUAGCCCAGAGAGGCCAUGCCAGGCUGUGUCCCCACUGCAAGGACACUCACUGCCCCACAGACUUCCCGGAAGCCCAGCUAGCACCAAGGCCUCCGGACAGAGGAGACACCUGCCCACGGGGCCCAGUGCCACGAUGUUCUCCCAAGUCGUCCAGCACCAGCAGACAGGCCUCGGGGAACGCGAGGUCACUCUACACCGGCUCCCUUGACCCCAAGGAUUCAGCAGCAGCCAGCCGGGUUGCCACCCCCCCUGUGAGUAGCUCGGACUGCGCUUCCAGUCUCUCUCACCCCAGGGCCUGCUCUGCAGAGCCGGUGGGGGACACUGCGUGCAAGGUGCACUUCUCACCGCCCACACCUUCCCGCACACGAGGGGCUGGCAGCCGGGGGGGCCAGACAGGCAGCACCUCCAGGCCCUCCCCGCCCUUGGCUCUGCUGGGUGGAUGGCCUGAGGAAGAGGAGCCAGGAGCUCGUCACAGCUGCUGCAGCUCACAGGCUGGGGCAUGCCCGGUCCUGGGGACUCCCAGCGGUCACACUGAGGCCUGCUGGGCCUGCGGUGGGUACUGCCCCACGCCCCCCCGGGGGCAGCCCUGCACCAAGAGGUACCCUUUGAACUGCGGUGGUCACCAAAGGGCUGCUGACGAGGGGCCCGGAGCUGGUGGGACAGGGGAAGAAACACUCCAGGUGGGGCGCAGACUGUCCCCAAGCCCUAAACCGGGAGCUAUGCAGAGGGCAGUCAGGGGAGCAGGAAGGAGCCCCAGCCCUGGUGCCGGGACAGGCAUCUCUGAGGAGCCGCGGGAAGAUGGCAGCGUGACUCCCAGCGCUCUGCCCCAUGCCUCUCCGGAUGCGGUGGUCCGUGAGUGGCUGGACAACAUCCCAGAGGAGCCCGCUCUCCUGAGAUACGAGGUGGUGGACGAGUCCACACCUGUGGCUCAUGACAGCCUAGGAGGUGCUGAGGAGGACGCUAGGGACCUCAGACAGCAGGUCCCAGAAGAGGACCCUGAUGAGCACACAGCACAGGACCAAGGCCUCCGAGGGGCUGUUGACGUGGGCCCCAAAUUGGGAGAUGACCCCCAUCAAGGCACAGGUCUGGGUGAAGUGCCUGAGGCUGCUGCGAAGGCUGGGAUCGGGGAAGGGGCCCCCACGGGCCGUGCGGCGACACGGUGUGCCCUUCCCGGCAGGGUUUCUGCCUCCGCGCAGAUCCUGAAGGCGCUGAUGGGCUCCAAGCAGGGUCGACCCAGCAGCCUGCCAGAGCUGUCGGGCCCGAUGGUCCAGAGGCUCAGCCGGUCAGCUGAGGCCCUCAUCGCCUGCCUCGUCCGGCUUCGCUUCUUUGAUGAUGCCCUCGGGUCUCUGGCAGACAAAGGGAGGUUCGAAGACUCCCCUCAGUACCAGGAGCUACUGGGGCUCUCCCAGGGCCUGUGGCCGGGCUGUGACCUAGGACAAGGCCAGCUAGAUUUGGACUUCAAGGAGCUCACUGCAUGCCAGGCCCUGCCGGUCACCAAGGACCUCACGCCCACCUCCUCCUCCGGGGUGGACGUCAGCAGUGGCUCCGGAGGUUCGGGGGACAGCAGUGUGCCCUGUGCCGUGGAUGCCACCCUCGUCCCUGAGCAGCUGGAGCGGUCCCUGCAGCUGUCCUCCCAGAGGCCCAAUGCCAGAAGCUCAGGACACCCGGAGCACAGGGCAGACCCCCAGCAGAGCUGUCUCACAGCCUCCUCCAGCUCCCCAGUGCAAGAGGAAGCCACAAGCAACAGCAGGGAGCAGACAUCGGGCCAUGAUCCGGAGCAAACGGACAAUAGCCCAGAGCCACUCAUGGAAAACACCACGCGGGAGGACAGGGGACAAACAGAGAACACAGAAGAAAGAGAAAGACCCCAGGAGGAGGCUGUCCCGGAGGAGGGGCUUCCAGGAGAGGCCAGAGUCAGCGGGGAGCAGGAAGACACAGGGAACGACCCUGCCUCUGCAGCCCUGGGUCUCCCAGGAAGAGGAGAGGAGCCCACAGAGCGCCACCUCAGCCAGGGGGGCUCAGACGCCAGUGAGAAUCACGGCAGCCCCAGAUCAGAGCCUGGUCUGGAAGCACCGCCUAGGGCAGCUGCGCUGGGCUGGGAGCAAGUCCGGGCCCAGUCCACCCCGGACACCGGGGUGACAAGCCUGCCCGGGGCUCGCUCAGUGACUCUGGACCCUGACCCUGUGUGGGUGUCUAAGCUGCUGACAAAGAUGGAGGAGGCCUUCAUGGCCCACCUGGCCGGGGCCCUGGCUGAGCUCCGAGCCCGCUGGAGCCUGCAGGACGACAGCCUGCUGGACCAGAUGGUGGCGGAGCUGCAGCGGGAUGUGGGCCUGCGCCUCCGAGACAGUACCAACAAAGAGCUGCGGAAGAUCCAGAGCCGGGCGGGGAGGAGCGCCCGGGGGUCACCCAGGGAGGCCCUCAGGGGACAGGCGUCCCUGCCAGCCGAGCAGCGCCGGCGCCGCCUCCAGGGCCUGCGCAACCUCUCAGCCUUCCCGGAGCAGAGCCCUAACUGGGAGCCCCUGUUCCCCACCCUGGAGGACAGGCCCAACCUCAGUGCCGCCCUGGGGACCGGGCUAGGUGCAGGGGCUGAGGGGGACGAGUUCUGUCCCUGCGAGACCUGCAUGAGGAAGAAGGCGCUUCCCAAGUCCCCGAAGGACACCGCAGGGGCUGCCAGUGCACCUAUCAAAAUAGCCUUUGACCUGCGGCAAAUUCUGCAGCAGAGGAGAAGAGAGGCAGCAGAGGGAGCCCCCGAGAGGACAGGGACUGAGCGGCCUCGGGAGGACCCCACUGUCCAGGGAGGGGGGACAGGAGGGCAGAAGCAGGCCUUGGGCCCGGGGAGCCAGAGGCAAAGCAGUGGCCCCAAACUCGGCGAGACGGAGGGAGCUGGUGACCAGGAGCGGGAGAAGGAAGUCGCAGUGCGGGAGAGAGGAGGGAGAACCCAUGCCAGCGUGGGCAGCACCCGGGAGGAGGAGGCCGAGGGGCUGGAGAAUCGCUCGGCUGAACAGGAAGGAGCCACUCGUGACGGCUCCGGGGACGGGGAUGCUCCCCCAGAGGCUGCAGGAGAGCAGGGCAGUAGUGCUGAAGCCGCAGGACAGCCACAGUCUGAAGAAGGACAUGACGGCGAGAAAGAAGGUGGCCCUGGAGUUAGCACAGGACAGGGCGGGAGAGGGGAGGCUUUGGGAAGUAGCAGCCUAGACCAGGAGGGGAGGCCCAUGACACCCCCGGCCCAGGCUGGGGAUGCGCCCCACCAAGGGCCAGGCCCCCAAACGCCCCUGGGCUGCUGCUCCCAGGUCUCUCGGAAGGCCUUGGAGGACCAGUCAGGGAGAGACCUUGGGUGCCUGGAAGCCCCACAGACCAAGGGGAAGGUGACCACCAUGUAUCCAGCUUCUGAGGAGGGAGGGUCUCCUUCAGACCCAGGGACUCCAGAGCCAGGGGCAGACCUGAGCACAGCUCAGGCCAAUGGUAACUUCAAGGAACUAAGGCAAACAUGGAGGAUCUGCCAAAGGCCUGGCCCACCCCGUGCCAUCCCUGGGGACUACAGUCUGAGGCCUGGGUCAGCCUCGCCAUCAGGGAAGAAGGGGCGCAGGAGUGGGUCUGCCGUGCCGUGGGAGGUGGGUGACCUGCGCCCCUCCACGGAGCACGAGUAG